CAGCAGCAGCAGCAGCAACAACGGGAGCUUCAUGUAAACACGCCACGCACAGGGCUUUGUUUCACACACACACUCACACACACACACACACACGCUCUCCGCUGGUAUCCCCUAUUCUAGUCAUGCCAUGGAUAUUUUGUGGCAAUAUCAGUUCAGGAUCAUUCUACUCGGGGAUUCAACAGUGGGGAAGUCGUCGUUGCUGAAGCGCUUCACGGAUGGAAUUUACAGCGAUGUGGCGGAUCCGACGGUCGGGGUGGAUUUUUACGCCCGCUCGCUUGAUAUCGAGCCCGGGGUGAAAAUCAAGCUUCAGCUGUGGGACACCGCUGGUCAGGAACGAUUCAGGUCCAUCACAACAUCAUACUACCGUAACUCUGUGGGGGGGCUGCUAGUGUUCGAUCUCACCAAUCGCAAGACCUUUGACCAUGUGAAGGAGUGGCACAAGGAGGUGAGUGAGCACAUCCUGCCUCACCACAUGGUCUACAUCCUCAUCGGCCACAAGAGCGACCUCAACAAGGACCGUAAGGUGAGCCGGGACGAUGCGGAGCAGCUCGCGGCCGAGUUGGGCAUCCGCUACGUGGAGACGUCGGCCAAGUGCAACAGCAACGUGGACCGGGCCUUCGAGCUGCUGACCAAGGACAUCUACGAGCUGAUGAAGAUGGGGGAGAUCGUCACCCGCGACGGCUGGGACGGGGUGAAGAGCGGCCUCACCGCCAAGGUCCUCUACCCUGCUGACGACGAAGAGGAACUAGCUGCCGCGACCGCCGAAAAGGGCUGCCACUGCUGACUCAGAAUGCUCCGUGUCCGAAAACACUGUCCCGUCCCACCAACAGCUCACCUCGUCAAAACCAAGUCACUCAGGCUCAGCACCCAAGAUAUCACCGUCCAUCACUUCCUCACCCUGUGCUUCGUGCCCUCUAACGUGCGCAGCUUCUACUGACAACCACGAUUCUUAUCUAACAGGGAGGGCCAGUGUACAUCCUGAUGUGUAUCUUAUAAGCAAGUUGUAUCUAUAAAUCCAUGAGGUGUAGCAUGAGCCGAGCUGUUUUGGGUCUCGUCAGGUUCAGGAAACGCAGAAAGCAUGCAGAGGUGAUCAGGCUUUGACGCAUAGAGUGCAGCCAAUAAUACUCCUUUUCACAGCUGUGGAGUCAACGGACUACAUAGCAUAUACUGAAGAUACUUGGACUAUGACUUAACGUGGUCUGGCAUCACUUCCAUUUCAUACGGCACUAUUGUGGGUUUCUACCUGUCAAAGUUUGUGCAAUGCUUUGCCUAAUUUUUUCUUUGUGACUGUAAUAUUGUAAAUAAUAGUGAAAUCUAUAGAUGAAAGCUAAAAGGUCACUGAAAGCUACGUCAUUGAACAGACACAGUGCACUCAACAUUAAGUGUCACUAUAUUAAAUCAAUGUGCUCCUGCUACUGUAAGCUGUCGUGUGCACUCUCGCCAAACUGACUUUCUGGUCAAAUUUGUGAACAGAUGAUUAAUGUUUUUGUUUAAAAAAAAAAAGAAAAAAAGAUAUAGAUUAUAUCUAGUUAAGAUGUAUACAUAAUGAUAGGCCAUAAUUAGGUUAGGCGAUCCGAUUUAAGUUAUUUGUAUUAAGACAUCAAGUGUUGGAUAUUCACCUCUCAGUUAUCAGACCUUUAAUGACAUCGUCAGCAUUAGUGAUGAUGUGUUUGCUUAGCGGCAAAGAUGAGUUUGAGUUUCAUCUGCAGCUGUUUGUAGGUCAGUCAAACAGCUGUUUCUUUUAUCAAAUGUCAAACCAUGAAAAUAAUAUUCCAUUCAGGCCCGAGCUGAUGGUGGAUGCCAACUCUGGUUUCCAAAAAGAACAUGGCAUCCCCGAGGUUUCAUAGAAACUGGUUCCUGAUGUCAUAUCAACAGGGUAACAUAAACCACAUACAUUAAUUAGCUUAGUUUUAACACGGAUGUUACAGUCAGUUCAUUGAACAUGAUAUAUAGCAAUGGCACCCCCAUAUUUCCAGUUUACAUAGUUCCUUCCAUAGCAAUUAUAUCGAUGAAAAAAUCAAGACCCUUAAAGAAUAAUCAAACAUUUGGGAUUUUUCUUUCUUUUCAAGAGUGAGAUGAGACGAUCGGUGCAGAGCUAACUCAACAUUCAGUUAUGUAAUGUUGACAUAUCCUUUUUUCAGAUUUAGCAGCUUGUGACACCAAUAAUAAAGCAGCUCACAACGGAGCCUGUCAGCUUCCUGUUCUGAGCAGUGAGCUGCAUUUAUGACGCAUGCAUGUCUGCACACACAACUUCCUAGUAGUAACUACCUUUAACGUGGAGGAGGACCAUGUAUGCUUUCGAGUCUCCGGAGGCUUUUGACUGCAGACGUUAAUAAUCUGCUGUUUACAUUUAGCCUGGGAGAACUUGCACCGCUCGCUCACCUUCCACCAGCUUCUCACCAGAACACCUGUUCACACACACUGCUAACAGUAACCCGCCGAUUAUGCAUUUUCAUUUCAGUUUAAAGGCAAAUGCAGCUUUGUGUUUUGGGUAGGAAUGUAUAGGAAAACAUUUGCACCAUCCCUUUAUUUGUUAUUUUUUCAGUACAGAUUCAGAAGAAACGGUAUUCUUCCUGAUAUAGCAAGGUUUAAUUACAGUUUUCCAUAUGUUUUCUGUUUGUUUGACAAUCAGAUGUUAGCAUUUCAUGUUCUUGGUGCAGAUGAGGUCUUCAUCAUAGGGGUGCUACAUCUUGAAAUCUAGCUUUGAAUUGAGAAACAUCCCAAGUCACCAUUUGACAGCCAGUCUUGACUUUGUUACUUCGACUACCUUUCUCACGUUUGUCACAUCUGAACAGGGUUCAAUUCUAUAAUAUUGUUUGAAUUUCUAUGUUAAUACUGUGCUGUUAGACAACCGUUCUCCAACCGUGAUUCCGCAUGACUCCCAUUCCUGAGCACUGCACAUUUGAAGGGACCCUCGCACCGCUCCGUGUGAAGACAGCAGCCUCGCAGCAUCGGAGUGCACUGCUUUAGAUGAAAGGACAACACUGGAAAGACAAAAAGAAGAAGAAGAAGAAAUUUGAAAGCCGGACUCAAUGGGAAGAAAUAAUCUCAUCAACCAUUAGUAAACGCCUCUAUAUUCAUCAUAUGGUAAAAAUGUGAAAUACAUUAACAGCAGCAUUUGUAAUCUUUAAGACUGUGUAGAUGCAUAAACAGUGACCGUCCUGAGUAAUAAUUAUUAUAAUGAUGGUGGUCAGGUCAUAAAGCAAACUUAAGUCUCCAUCCAGCCUCUCUGUUGCUCUAAUCUUAAAGGAGUAGUUCAACAUUUUCGGUAAUUUGUUAAUUAGCUUUCUUUCCGAUAGUGAGAUGUGAGGAUCAAUACCACUCUAACAGGAGAUUGAUAUCGAUCUCGUCUAGCUCUCAGAAAGAAAGCCAAUAAAAAAAAGUCCCAAAAUGUGGAACUACGCCUUGAAUGGUGUGCUUCAUGUUGUCCUCUGGUGUAUACAGCUCUAGAAUGAUCAAACCAAUGCUCUGAUAGAGCUUUUAUACCAGAAAACAUCAACAGCUGUAAUGUAAGGCCUGCAAGACGGUACUUAGCACAAGACUGUACAGCUUCUAAGCCCCAUUGUCACAUUUCACAGCUUUAUUGAAUAGAUGUUAUUUAUUUUAUAUAUUGUGUAUAAGGGAUUCGCCUUUUAUUUUAUGUGAUUUUAUUGAUUGGUUACAAAAAAAUAAAUAGAUGUCCAAUGAAAAGGUGUUUGGUUUGACUUUUUUUAGACUAAGGUUUGGCGGCCUCUUCUGGCAGAUUGAAGGAGGAUCAUUAUGACCUAG